AUGUCACUAACAACCCAGAAGCCCCUGAGCAGGUCAACCUUCAGGUCAACGAUGAGGAGAACGGAGAAUGCAGCGAUGAGAUAGUCCUCCUUGACAACUCACCUACCCCAAGCGUACGCAUCCAUCAGUCCAUCUCUUGCAUGUUUUAUCUACAGGACGACGCCAUCUUGUUCUUCGAGGACGGUGUCCGCCGUAUCGACUUUGUCCUGGUCUACAAGAAAGACAGCAACCCCGAAGAUGAGGCCAAGAAGCAGAAGUGGAGGAGGAACUUCCAGGCCAGCAUUCAGAAGGAGGGGCUUCAACUGGAGGAAGCCGAGAGAGUGCCGCGGAAAAUGUUUUACAUACCCACAGCCGACUAUUUACCUGGAGAAGGCGGUUAUUCUAAGGACCAGACGACUUACUACAUCAAAGUACACGCCACCUGGGACGUGCUGACCAGAUAUGCCGAGAUUAUGAACUUCAAGAUGCCGCUGGCAGAAAAUGACCUCAUCAACAAACUGACAAGUUGCUGGUCCAAAUGUCCAACACCGUUUGACUACGACAGCACCAUUCUGCCGGAGAUUCCCGAUUAUUUCACCGCCUCGUUUUCUCGAUCGCGGGAACACCAGUUUAUCAUCCAGGAUAAAGACACAUUUUUCACUCCAGCCCAGCGAAGCCUCAUCACCCACCAGAUCUUGUCUAGGGCAGUGUUUGAAGAUGUGGGCGAUCCUUCCAAGAACAAAUUUGGUAUCAAGAAGAUGCUCAGUAUCGGAGCCUACAGCGCCGCCUAUCCACUGCACGAGGGUGAGUACACCAGUGAGCAUUCAUUACUGACACGAGCCGCCAGGAACCAACGACAUCUGCUGUAUGAAACCUGGGCCCGGCCUAAAGCCUGGUAUAAGUUUCAACCUUUGGAUCAUAUCAG